AUGAGUAAAACUUGUGAAUUAAAUAACAAUGUUAAAAUAUAUAUUAGGAGCAACAGUAGAGAUUUUAAUGGAUCAGAUGAAUCAACAGAGAUAUGUAUACAAGAAGAAUUUGAUAUCGAUAAUGGUACAAUAAUCAAUGUGGAUGAAAUUGAAGAAAAUGUUAAAGAUUUAAAAUUUUUAGGUGAAGAUAGUCCCAAAAAAUUAAAGAAGGAUAUAAAUGAUGAAUCAUAUUGUGUAAAUGAAGAAUUUAUAUAUAAUUGUUUUUGUAAUAUUAAUGAACUUAGUAUAAAAUGUAUUCUUCGAUUUAUGGCUGAUUGUUUCUCAUUUAUAUGUGCAGUCUGCAUAUGGGGGAUUUUAGAUGAUAUUUUUAUUUUAAUGUCAAAAGAUAAUAAUUUUGCUAAGCUUUAUUAUUAUUUAAUUUUUACUAUUAUUUUUGCAGCAAUUACAUGUUCAUUUAAUUAUUAUUUUUCAAAAUGUGCUCGUAAAAAUAAUUUUAUAUAUGAUAAUAUUGAAAGCAAAGCGUAA